CCUAGCUUUGCUCAAGUGUCUCUCUCCUAAAACCUUUUCCUUUCACUCUAAACCCUAAACCCUAAUCUUUUGUCUGUGUCACCUGUGGAUACUGAGAGGGAAAAUCGGAGAUGGAGAUUGACGGAGAUGUUGAAGAGACGUCAAGGCGGGUGCAGGUGCGCUUCACCACGAAGCUGCAGUCUCCGUUCAAGACUCCACCGACUUCAAUUGCAAUCCCUUCUAACCUUACAAGAAUGGGUCUCUCGGCCAUCGUAAACAAUCUCCUCAAAUCUGGAAACCCUGAUUGGAAACCCGAACCUUUUGAUUUCCUGAUUGAUGGGGAGCUGGUUCGGAUGUCACUUGAACAGUUUCUUAUUGCAAAGGGCAUCUCAGCGGAGAAAAUAUUAGAAAUCGAAUACAUAAAGGCUGUGGCUCCAAGAAAACAGGAAGAGCCUUCUUUGCAUGAUGACUGGGUCAGUGCAGUGGAUGGUUCUAAUCCUGGGUUCAUUUUGACGGGUUGCUAUGAUGGUUUAGGAAGGUUAUGGAAAGCUGCAGGAUCAUGCACACAUAUAUUAGAAGGACACAAUGAUGCAAUUACUUCGGUUAAAUUUAUUGACCCAAAAGGGUUGGAAAGUGUUAACAAUUCAGUUGUUGCCACUGCCUCUAAAGAUCGGACCCUAAGAUUGUGGAAGUUUGAUGCAGGGGAGCGCCAUGAUCUUCCCCUAAAAAUUAGAGCAUUUAAAAUUUUGCAUGGGCAUAAUGCAUCCGUACAAAGUGUUGCAGUACAGCCUACUGGAAAUAUGGUAUGUUCUGGUUCAUGGGAUUGUACAAUCAAUUUAUGGCGGACGGAUGAAUUUGAUGUAGAAGGUGAUCUGGUUUCAGUUAAGAAGAGAAAAGUGAACAAUGAGGCUGAGGAAUCCCAAGCAGAGGGAGAGGCUGUAUCUACCAUUGUUGGGCAUACACAAUGUGUAUCAUCUGUGAUUUGGCCUCAACAUGAAACAAUUUAUUCAGCAUCAUGGGACCAUUCUGUCAGAAGAUGGGAUGUUGAGACGGGCAAAGAUUCAUGGAACUUGUUUUGUGGGAAGGCCCUCAACUGCCUUGAUGUUGGGGGAGAAAGUUCUGCUCUCAUUGCUGCUGGUGGCUCUGACGCCACUCUUAGGAUAUGGGAUCCUCGCAAACCAGGAACUUUGACUCCUGUCUUUCAGUUCUCAUCACACACUUCUUGGAUUUCGGCUUGCAAGUGGCACAAUAAAUCAUGGUUUCAUUUGAUUUCUGCAUCCUAUGAUGGGAAAGUUAUGUUGUGGGAUCUCAGAACUGCGUGGCCUCUGGCUGUCAUUGAUUCACACAACAACAAGGUAUUAUGUGCUGACUGGUGGAAAGGUGAUUCUGUGGUCAGUGGUGGGGCAGACUCAAAGCUUUGUAUUUCUUCCGAAAUCCCUGUGCAGUAAGUGACAGAAAUAACCUCUGGAGACGAUUGAUGAUAUUGCUGGGAGCUUCUGUUGCCUUGGUUUUGGCAGCCUAUUCCACCAGAAAACCAAACCACUGAAAGAAUUCAUGUUCUUUAGAGCGAUGAAAGCAAGAGGAUGAUUGAUAGGGGGAUCCAGGCAUGAGCCAGUUUUGUUCUAGGCACUCCAUUCAUUGAGCAGUUAAAAACAUGAGUGAUAUGUUAGGAGGAUUAUUUUAUUGUAUUUGUUGAUCUGCAGUUAUAACACAUUUAGAUCACUUAGAUCUGAGUAUUCGUAUCCUGAAAGUGAAAUAUUUUCUAA